UUGACAUCGUUGCUCCUUCAUAUAAAAUACAGUAUCUUUUCAACGAUUUAUCUUCAGGUUUUCAAGGCACAAAUUGGCAUCAAAACAAAAGGUUCCUUGAUAUGUUCCAAAUGUCAAUGAUUUGCUAUCUGCUAUCUGCUAUUACAAAUUACUCAAACUACUAAGUUAACCCUAUUAUCAACUAUGACCAGCUUUUGCUGAAUACGAUCUCAAACUCAAACUUGCCUCGGGAUGAGGGGAGCUACUAGGAGGUACUUCCCCGCCCCCGCUCUAUCAAGAGACCGGUAAGUUGGAAGCUUGAGGUGUGAACCAUCGUGAACUUGAGAUCUUCCUUCAUUCACAAAAAGGGUUCAAGACCAUAAUUACUAUUUUAAAAUGUCAGAUAUGCAAUCCAAAGUUAACAGCCGACUUACUCAAGUCACCGAUUUCUUAACCGGCAAUAAGACUGCCACGACUAUUCCAUUCGACCCCAAUUCCACCAAGUUUCCUAAUAGAAAGGAUGUUCCACGAAGAGAGGAUGCACCCGAAGGAGCUGCGUGGGUUUGGGGACCUGAUGAUUAUAUUGGAAGAUUAAAUCUUCUCACGCCAGCUCGAGUCACUGCCGCAUCCAAUGAAAUUCAAAGCGGGGAGAUCGUUCCAUUGAACCUCCCUUUGAACGUACCAGAAGUACCAGCUUUCAGUCGAGAACCAUUCGAGCAUAGCAUUAAAGAGCUAGCUCCAGGAUUGGCUUAUGAUGAUGUAUAUUCAUUAAAUACACAAUCAGGUACACAAUGGGAUGGUUUCAGGCAUAUUGCACACAUGCCCACAGGCAACUUUUAUAAUGGGACUAAAGAGAAGGAUAUAAUUGGAGCUGAGAAGGAUGAUAACAAAUGUGGAAUCCAUCAUUGGGCUGAGCAUGGGAUAGCCGGUCGCGGUAUAUUGAUUGACUACUGGACGUACGCAAAGGAGAACGGAAUUGUCUAUGAUCCAUUUGACUACCACACUAUAUCCUACGCUGAAUUGCAAGCUGCCGGAAAAGCCCAAGGUAUCGAUAUCCGCCCCGCAUCUCAAGGUGGAAAUAUUCAAAUAGGAGAUCUGCUUUUUAUUCGUUCGGGGUUUGUAUCUACAUACCACAGCAAAUCACCAGAAGCACGAAAAGCCGCUGCUCUCAGACCACACGGAAUUGGACCUGAUGAUGGUCAGAGGUGGGCCGGUCUCAAACAAGAUGAGGACAUGCUUGAUUGGUUACAUGAUUGCUACUUUUCGGCUGUAGCAGGUGAUGCGCCUGCUUUUGAGGCUUGGCCAUCGCAAGAGCAUUAUAUGUUACAUGAAUAUAUACUUGCCAUGUGGGGUAUGCCUCUAGGAGAAAUGUUCGACUUGGAGAAGUUGGCAAAGACGUGUAGAGAGAAAGGAAGGUGGAGCUUUUUCGUUACUAGUGCUCCGAAUCAUUGUCAAGGAGGUGUGUCCAGUCAUGGAAACGCAAUUGCUAUAUUUUGAGAUUUGGCGCAAGUGUCACUCAUCUGUCCUUCGACAUUCCUUGUUUGGGACGUUCAAUCACAUUGUCAUAAUUGGUCAAUAUAGUUUUAUUCUUCCAGUAAAUAUAUGUAUCCCUUGCCCCUGAGCCGAGCAAAAUUAUCAAAUCACAUAGCUAUCUCAUCUCAUCUAGUAGUCCUGAUGACCAUCGA